AUGGACGGCUGGCAGUAUGCCGACGGCUCCACUGUUCCGACCGUCAUCAUGGACUGCAUGCGAAGAGAGGAACCGUCGACCGUUGAGAAGACACAAACGGACCACAUAGUCCCGGACACUGAUCGAGGCUUGGAGGAAAGCAGCUUCAGAAGUAUCGACGAUCUUGUGAACUCGAUCGAUCCUCCUUUCGUCGCUGAGUGUUGCGAUGAGGACUUUGCUCUGUCGACUGAGCAGACUCAACCCUCCCCUGGUGACCCGGCGACUCCUGUCCCCGACUCGGCUGCCGUCGGCCUGGAAGUUGACACCGUCUGUGAGACGUCUACGUCCGGCAUGUUUCCUCUCGAUGGUCCGGCUGCCUUCGCCGAGACCGAUAAACUGUCGUUUCUGGCCGACAUCGUCAACGCCAAUCCGGACCGACAUGGCAACUCUGUGCCACUUGAGCAGGCCUAUGCAAACUUGACCGAGGACCGACUGAAGAGGGCCGAAGUGGAGAUGCGGGAGACGAGGACUACGUCGGACCCCGACAUAUCGGUCUUGCUUCGCGAGCUGUCGAUCUUUGGCCAUGCACAGCCGCUCUCGAACGAAUCCCGUUUACUUAUGCGGAGGAAGAUACAAGCUCUAGACAUCCGCGCCGGUAUGCCUGCAAUCUGGAUUACCAUCAGUCCCAACGACAUUAAUAACCCGGUAAAGAUGAAGCUUGCCAUUCAUAGGCUCCACGAUUAUGAGUCUGCGAAGGAGCUUUUGGCCGAUCUCCGUGAAAAGUACGACAGGAUCGCCCUGAGCACCAUGGAUCCGGUUAGCUCGGCCAUCUUCUUCCACCGAGAAAUAUCCCUAUUCUUUGAAAAGUAUGUGAAUACAGGCCGGGAAUCGAUCUUCGGGAAGAUCAGCCACUAUCCCUCUGAGGCAAGGAGGGCGAACCCUAUUAUGCCUGGAGGCGAUUCAGACUGUGAAGGCUGGAUGCAAAAGCUUCGACGGCCCGACCAGUACGCCGUCCCGAUCUUCCAAGGAUACAUCAGCGACGACCACGAGGACGAUCACCCAGUCUAUAUUAAGCGAAAGUCUGCCGAAGCCGCGCGUAAGGACGCGAAGCUCUGGGCCAGUCGGUCGGAGGGCGACGACACAAUUGACGUUGAGUACCCGCUUGGCGAUGGCCGAUACGAAGAAGAGCCUCCAGCGAUGGCUCAUCGUCAGGCCUACAGAGCUCUACUCCAGAUUUUGCGAAAUGCCGUGCAGGACACGGACGCCACAAAAGACUCACCCGUCCUUGGAGGUUUAAUACACGAUCUGUGGGAAGAGAACCCGGCUGGAGAAGAGCAACCUUUUGUCCAACGUCAAGAGGAUCUGUACCGGAAUAUGCCCCAUGAUCAAGGUGACGCCUUGUGUCAACUCCCCAUAUCUCGAGACGAUGUCCAGGCAGCGGCCAAGGCCCAACAACUAUUGCAUCUUCGGAUGCUAGACGACAUUGAGGGUGGUUCCCAGGGGACCAUGCUUUCCGCGGAUGGCGCCGACAUCGACGAUACGCUAGCUCGCUACGGCGAUACGGAGUCCCUGCUGGGCCCGGGCAGCGACCUCAAUGAACGAGGCCCUCGGAUGCUUGUCGACGUCAGUCCGGCAACUAGCUUCGCGGAGAUGGGACACACCGCCGCGGCCAGCUUUACACUGAACUAUCUACAGACCAUGGCCCUUCAACUCGUUUGCCUGUUUCUGGACAAGUAUACUGCCAAUCCGGACUCAGCGGGUCAGCAUCUUCAAUACACCGGCGGGCCGGGUGGCACGGGAAAGUCGAGGAUUAUCGAUGCCCUGAAGGACGUGUUCGCGGCGAGGAACCAGCCGCAUCUUCUGCAGAUAACCGGCACGUCGGGCAGUUCGGCGGCCCAGAUUGGCGGCACGACCAUCAACUCGGCCUGUGGGUUGAUUCCCAUCGCGAUCCAAACAAACCGCCUCCCCUUCUCGGAGGCGAAGAAGUGGAUCUGGAAACAGAAGCUGGUACUCGUGAUUGACGAGGUCAGUAUGCUGGGAGGAGCCACUCUGCACAACGUCAGUCAUUACCUGCAGGCACUCCGUGACUGUCCGGACGAACCGUUUGGCGGGAUGCCCGUCGUUCUACUGAUGGGAGACUUCUACCAGUUCGCCCCCGUGCGGGAAACAAGCCUACUGAUCAUCAGACCGCCGGACCGAACAGAGACCCCCUUGCGACAAGCGACCAUAUCUCGCCACAGCGGCUGCAGAUUGUGGCAUCUGUUCAAAACCGUGGUGCUCCUCGAAGACCAAGUCCGCGCACGCAACGAUCCCCAGCUCCGUGCACUCCUGGAUCGAGUUCGUAACGGGCGCCAGACCCAUGAAGAUCUGAUCUUGCUCAAUGCCAACAUUGUAGGACGCUCGCAAAUCACCUUCCACGAUGGUUUGCGCGCUAUAACGCCGCUGAACCGCACCCGGUGGGCCCUCAACAUGGAAGCUGUUGUGGGCUGGGCGCGCUUCAACAAGCGGCACAUCCGUAUCUUUGUCUCGACUCACACCUGGCGCAACGGCACGCUGUCUCCAAACCUCAUAGCGCGAACCAUCGGACAAGGCGACGACUCUGCCUGCAAAGUCCCCGGCGUCUUCUUCUACGCCCAGAGCAUGCCCGUGGUUGUGAACAAGAACAUCUACACUGGCCUGAAGGUGAUGACGUGA